AUGAUCGCCGGCUGGAUCCAGGCCUUGUGUGCGGUGCUCGACACGCCUGCGGUGCCGUGGCACCAAGUCGCGAGUGCGCUGACGACGCUCGAGUACGUCGUGCACAUGUACGUCCUGCAGCGCCAGGCGCCGCUGUAUGAGCGCACGCAGCUGCCGCCGGCGCUGGCGCCGUUUGUCAAUGCGCGCGACUUUGCCGCGCGCCAGCGGGCGAGUCGCGCGAUCGUGCGCUGGGAGAUGGUCACGCACACGGCGCGCUACGUGCUCACGAUGCUGCGCAUCGUCUUUCUCGCGAACGCGCUGGCAUGGACGUGGGCGGGGCGCCUCGUGCAGCACAGCGAGAAGGGGCAGAUGGUGGCGUACGUGUGCGUCCUCCCGGCGCUCUUUUUCCCGUUCGAGCAGCUCGUCCACGCGGGUGAGCUGUACAUGGCGCAGCGGCAGCUGUCGCCUGCCUCGCUGGCGCCGUGGCGUACGCACCUGCGCGACUUUUUCGUCAUGCUGCCGUUCCGCCUCCUUUUCAGCCUCGCGUUCGUGGUGUGUGGCGUUGCGUUCGCCGUCUACGUCGGCGAGAUGCUGCCGGCGUACAUGAUCGCGCUCGGCGCCUUGUACAUCGCGUUCGUGUCGUUCGUGUACCCGCGCGCCGUGCGCCCGUUCUUCGACCAGCCCGUCGUGCUCGACAGCGGUGCGCUGUACACACGCGCCCGGGCCGUGGCGGCGAAGCUGGGCCUGCCGCUGGAGCAUGUGUUCCUCGCGACGCAGAACACCUCGGACGGCGGCGCCUACUGCUUCGGCUCACGCACGUUCUGCGUCGUGGUGCUCGAUCGCCUCGCGAGCGAUGCAGAGAUCGAGGCUGUGCUCGCGCGUGCGAUGGUGCCGUGGACGCUGCGUCAUCCGAGGAUACUCACGCUGUGUGCGGCGGUGCCGAGGGCGCUGUGGGUGCUGGGCAUGGCGCUGCUCGUGCGGAAUGCGUCGCUGGGGCGCGCUUUUGGCUUUGACGACGUGCCGCUCCCCGUCGGCUGGGACCUCGCCGCGUGCCUCGUGCAGCCUGUCGUGGCCCUGGCGAGCUUCGCCGUGCACGUUGUGCAGCACCGGCUGUGCUUCGAGGCGGAUGCGCAUGCCGUGCGCCUCGAGCCGAAGGCGGGCAGCUUGGCGCGCGCGAUCGCGACGCUCGACGUCGCGCAUCUGCUCAUGGCGUCCGCGUACGACGACGCGCUGUACAGCGCAUACGAGCGCGACACUCCGACGCCCGCACAGCGUAUCAUGGCGCUCGCUACGUAA